CAGCAAAAAUCUAUGCGACCGCACAGGGAGUCUAUAAAAUAUUGAUCAAUAACUUGGCUGUCAGUGACUCGCAAAUGAGUCCCGGUUGGACUGACUAUAAUAAGACAAUCCAAUACCAGGGCUACGACGUAACAGGGUCAUUGCAGACUAAGAAUGCUAUAGGCGUACUGUUAGGAACAGGGUGGUUUAGCAGUUAUGUCGGAUUUUCCGGUCAAUACAAUAUUUUCGGAUGGGAUCAGAAUGUGUUGUUUGAAUUGCAUAUACAAUACGAGAACAAUAAGACAGAAAUUGUUAAGUCAGACAACACGUGGAAAGUGAACACCGGAUCCCUUAUAUACUCCGACCUAUUGAUGGGAGAGUUGUAUUAUGAGAACCGGGAGGUGAAAGGCUGGACAUCGCCAGAGUUUGAUGACAGCCACUGGCCAUCAGUGGUAACCAAAUCUAUCGACAAAAAGGUGGCACUAGUGGCCGAUCGGGCCGAACCGGUUCGGGUCACUCACGAGUUGUCGCCAAAGACUAAAUACCAGAGCAAACCAGGGGUUUGGGUGUUUGACUUCGAGCAGAAUAUGGUCGGUUGGGUUAGGAUCUCAUUCCCCAAAACAUACGAUGCGAGUCGAGUGCAGUUAAGACACGCGGAGGUACUAAAUCCCGACGGAUCCAUAUAUACAAAGAAUUUGCGGUCCGCUUUGGCCACCGAUACCUAUGUGUUGAACAAGGCCGACAACUCCUAUGAGAUCUCAUUUGAGCCCCACUUCACGACCCAUGGGUUCAGAUACGUGGAGAUCACGGGAUACCCGGGUGAACCACAACUGACUACCAUAAAGGGAAUAGUCAUGAAUUCGGACACACCUUUCGACUCGCAUUUCGAGAUGGCUGCAAGUGAACGCCGACACACCCAAAGAGGUCAUGAAUACCGGGUAUUACGGCUACGACGCCCUCCUUAUGUCCAAAAUGGCGAAAGCAAUCAA